AUGACUUUAAUAAGGCUGAGAAACAUAAUGUUCUGCAAGAGCUGGAUGCAUUCGUGCAACACAGACAGCACCAGCAGAGGUGAAUUUGGCGCUCUAGACGGGAAAAACAUUUCCGCCCCUCACACCGGCCUCUUCAAUCCUUACUUCAGUCCUCCUCACUCACCAUCGCACCGCCACUCUACCAUCAACACGACCUUGACACGUGGCAGGCCCUGCAUCUCCUCCUCCUCCUCCUCCUCCUCCAUCUCUUCCAGUGUCGGCAACAGCAACAACCAAGUGGCCCACGGACAUUCGUGGUGGGAUGGGUGUCGUAAGUGUUUCUGCAACCACGGAUAUGAAAUGUGUGAGUUGGUGGUCUGCCCGCCAGUCAGGUGCUCCAACCCCAUUGUCUUGUCAGACAGUUGCUGCCCUACCUGUCCAGUGUGCAUUUCAUCUGUGAAUGGAGUGAUGCACAGCAGCCAUUGCUUUCCAACCGUUUCCAACUCACGGCAGAGCAAUCGGUUAACUGUUGAUGGAUCCCUGAAGGGUUACCCGGUUCAAUUGGUCCCCGGUUCAAUUGGUCCCCCGGAAAUAUUCAACAUCGCAUCUCUCGAGUUUAUUUUACACGGCAUUUUGUUGAUGAGAUGCUGA